UCUCCGGCCUAUCGGGAGCCGCGCCCUCGUCCGCUCGGGCCUCAGCAGCGGCCCGAGUGCGCUGUGACGUGUGUUCGGCGCGCUGUGCGCUGCCGUGGUCUGUGUGUGGUACCCGCUAUCAUGCCCAAGCGGAGCUGCCCGUUCGCAGACGCUGCCCCGCUUCAACUCAAAGUCCACGUGAGCCCGAAAGAGCUGAGCCACGGUGUGUUCGCCGAGCGCUACUCGCGCGAGGUUUUCGAAAGAACCAAGCAGCUCCUUUUCCAAGGUGCCCAGGCCUAUAGAGAUCACGUAUGGAGCGGAGGUUGUUCCAUCAACCACCUGCCGAAGUCACUGAAGUCUGGCCUGGUGGGAGCCCCUCAAGCUCCAAGGGGACAGAUGUUGAUUGGACCUGAUGGCCAACUGACCCGGCGACAAGCUCAGGCCUCGGAAGCUGGCCUUCCCGGGGCCACACCCAUCCCUUGUUCGUCCUGCGUGAGAUCUGUGGAUGGGAAGGCGGUCUGCAGCCAGUGUGAGCGGGCCCUGUGUGGACAGUGUGUAUAUACCUGCUGGGGCUGUGGUGCUCUGGCCUGUGUGCUGUGUGGCCUUGCAGACUAUGCUGACGAUGGUGAGAAGACACUUUGUACCAGCUGCGCAAUGUUUGAAGCCUGAGGUGGCCACGCACAGCACAAGAUAUUCACACUAAAGAGAGAGAAGUUGGCUUUUUAUAUGUUACAUUUUAUACCCCAGUAAUAAGUGAAUAAACCUCUUUAUAUUUGCA